CUUUGACCGUUAUUAAAAAGAUGGCAACUUGUUAAACAAACGGCUGCAAAUAAGGAAUUUUUUUUGACAAAUGUGUUUGUUUAAGGAGAAAUGGGAAGCAUAAUUUAAAAACAAUUGUAAAAUAUUCUUCAAAAACUGAUUCCAAGACCAGUCUGAUGGAUUCAACCAGGAAAAGUUCGAGACAUUCCUCAUCUUCUAAGGAAGAGUAUAAACGAUAUUCUUCUUCAAGUAGAAGCUCUACUAGAACGGAAACAACUGAAGCUCAGAAAAGCUCUCUCCCCUCCAAAAGAAAAGCUGAAGCAGAAACAGAUUUGGUUCAAAAAUUAAAAAAGAAAACUGUAGAAUGUCGACGUAGCACUGCUGCUCAAUUUUUUGUUGAAGAAGAAACUGUACAAGAAUCAGUGACUGCUGAUCGAAUUGUCCAGCUCCUCAAUGAUGCUGUUACACCAAAGGAAGAAAAUGGAAAGCUGAAAAAUCUGCUCAUUGUCAAAGAACUGAUCAUACAGAAAGAACCUAAGUUGCUGGACAACUUUCUGGAUGAAGUAGUAAGUUUUCAACAUGACACUGAUCCUGAAGUACGCAGAUUCAUUGUACAAUUCAUUGAGGAUGUUUGUAGGAGAGACUUACAAUUUCUUCCAAAAGUAAUCAACAAUCUGUUGAUGAUGCUACACGAUGAAUCGGUCAAAGUUCAGAAAAAAGUUAUCCAAACAACAACUCAUCUUUAUCCUCUAACUAUUCGUUAUUUUGUAAAUGCAAAACAUGUUGAUGAUGUAAUGGAAGCUAUUUGGGCUUCAAUGACAGAACUAAAAUUAACAAUUGUCUCGCUCUUGGAGUCUGACAAUGAAGGAGUCCGUACUUCAGCUACAAAAUUUAUGGAACAUGUUAUUCUUGCACAAACAUUCAAAGACCAAUAUGCAGAUCCGAAAAACACUGAUUUAUCUUUGGAUGAGAUACCAGUGAUAUUAAAAGUUUUUCGACCCAGGAAGAUGGAAGAAGAAGCCAAAGAUAUUUUCCAGCGAAUUGUUGCUUUUCAUUGUGCUUCCCAUGUGUCUCUUUGUAACCUUAUGGCUUGCAUGCAAGUUUUAACUUCAAUAGGAAGGCAAAGAUUUGAGUUUUUUCCUAAAGUUUUAGAAGCAUUUGAAUUGCUUCAUGCAAAUCUGCCACCAACGUUGGGUCAAUCACAAGUGAGUAGUGUAAGAAAGAAUUUAAAAUUAGAGCUCUUUCAAUUGGUUAAGCAUCCUGGCGCUGUCGAAUUUCAAUCAAGAAUAUCAAUCAUGCUCUCUGAUUUAGGUGCAUCACCUCAGCAGAUAAGUAGAUGCUUUCCGGAUGCAGAGGCAAUCAAAAAACCUAGCGUCAAAAUAGAGGACAGAAGUGCAAAACAGGAAGAUAUACCAUCUUCAUCAAGACCUCGCAAAAUAAAAUCCAGUCUUGAGAAAGGAACUAAAGCUAAAAACACAGCUAUUGAUAUUACAGCUGAGGAUUUAGUACCCAAAUUUCACAGUAUAAAUGUUGUUGAUUUAGUAUUAGUAAGCAUGUUAAGUUUGCCUGAUGUUAUGCCUACUAACUUUCAGUCCACAUACACUCCUAUUGCAGCUGCUGGCACCGAAGCUCAGAUUAAACAUCUGGCUCGUCUUUUAGCCACACAAUUAACUUUGGCUGGAAUUGGAAAAGGUGUGGAACAAAUGAAACAUAAAAUGGAAAAUGAAAAAGUGGAAAGUGAUGAGGAUGAGGCAGCCUCUAAUGUACCCAAACCAAUCCAAACUCUAGUAAGCCAAACUACAGAAAUGAAGCCUAAAAAGCAAGGGCUUGUUUUAAUGCCUAGUGGUGGCUCCCAAAUAAAAGCUAAUAGAAUAUCUAAGAAAAUCGACUUCCAAGCCAUAGCGAAAUCAAUGAACGAAGAAGAGUCUAAUAAUUUUUGUAGAGCUGCUUAUAAUCGAAUCUUGAAUGCUGAAAAAAUGAUUACUAAAAGAGGUGCUGCUCCAAUUAGAACAAAAUUGCUUACUAACUUAGCUACCCGAUUUAGAGGUGAUUUUUCCAUUGAUUUGAAAAAUCAUAUCAUGGAAAAUCCCCGCAAUAGAUUAGAUCUAGCAUUUUCUUGGAUAUAUCAAGAAUAUUCUGCUUAUAGAGGAUUUGAAUGUUCCAUAGAAAGCCAUGUUGAAAAUUAUGAAGAAGCAGUCGAUUCUCUAUUGGGUGGCAUUUUGAAGAGUGACGAAGAAAACCAUGCUCUUUACACUCGUUUUUUCUUGGAUGUUCCAUUUAUUACAGAAGGGAUGGCUGAGUCUCUGAAAACUGUUUGUAUUGAUGAAUCAUCUACUGCUGAAGCUCUUGAAAUGGCUGAAAGCAUGAGUUUUAGAAGACCUACAAAGAAGUUGCUGUUUUUAGGAGUAAUAUGUGACCUUACUCUUCAUGAAAAUUGUGACAUACGGACAAAAGCUGUAAAAGCAGCAGUUGACAUCCAUGAAAGUGGCCAUAUGAGGUCAUUCAUUGAAGCUUUUGCUUUAAGAAGUCUCAAGUUUUUGUUACAUACUGACCCACCAACUGAUUUCUUCCUGUUUUUCAAACAAAGGCCUGUUACUUGGUCUGAAGAUUUGACUAAAGUAUGUUUACAUUUGUAUUUAACUUUGUUGCCCAUAAACCAUCGCCUCAUUCAAGAUCUUGGAACUGUUUAUGUUGAAGCCACUGGUGAUAUUAAAAGAAUUAUUCUCCGUGCCCUCGAAGCACCAGUUAAAGGCAUGAGCAUGGCCUCUCCUGAACUCUUACUCUUUGUUGAAAACUGUCCUAAAGGAGCCGAGACAUUAAUUACAAGAAUCAUCCAUAUUUUGACUGACAAAGCACCACCAUCAGCCGAACUUGUUGCUAGAGUUCGAGAUUUAUAUCGUAAAAGAGUUCCAGACGUACGUUUCUUUAUUCCAAUCAUUAAUGGUCUUUCUAAGCGUGAAAUAAUUUCUGCAUUACCUGAAUUGAUUCAACAAAAAACACCAGUAGUAAAAGAAGUUUUGCAUCGUCUUUUAGGAAGUAAUUUUUCUAGCCCGAUAUCUCCAGCUGAACUAUUGGUCGCUCUGCAUAACAUUGAUCCUUCUAAAUGCAACCUUAAAAUAAUUAUCAAGGCUACUUCACUCUGUUUGGAAGAGAAAAAUGUUUACACUCAAGUUGUCUUGGCGAUGGUUAUUCAGGAGCUGAUGGAACAAACUCCUUUGCCUAUUUUAUUAAUGAGAACUGUUAUACAAUCUUUAGCAAACUAUCCUCAUCUUUUGGAUUUUGUUACUCACAUAUUGCAACGGUUAAUAUUGAAAGAAGUCUGGAAACAGAAGAAAAUUUGGGAGGGUUUUAUUAAGUGCUGCCAAAGAACUAAACCAAAAUCUUUUCAGGUGUUGUUGCAAUUGCCUGCCCCACAAUUGGAGGAAGUCCUAAGUUCGUGCCCAGAUUUACGUGAAUCAUUAUGCCUACAUGUUAAAUCAUUUAAUGAGGGACAGAAGGCAAAUAUUCCUAAAGCUGUGAUAGAUGUCCUUGGUGUGGAUUUGUCUCAAGAUGAUAAAAAAUCCGAAGAUGGCUCUAUAAAAAAUGACGAAGAAAACAUUAAAGAACCAUUACCACCUGGACAAGAUCAUUUGUAAAUAAAUCAUCAUGUGUUCUGGUUUUCAUUUUGAUGUUAUAAUUUUGGAUAGUUGGAACAAAAAUGAUAAAUUCUAAAAUAGUAGGAUUGCACAAUCUGUUUUGGAAGAGGGCAGCAGAAAAAAUAGUUUGAUCUUCAGAGAUUUGACUGAACAAAUUUGAUUAUUUGAUGAAGUUAUUCAGGUGAUAAAAUUAUCGAAUUAUUCUUUAAGGUAUUAAAAAUAUCAGUUAGUUUCUACAAAAAAUCUUAAAGCCAGAAAUAAUAUUAGCAAUAAAGUUGGAUAAAUAUUAGCAUUAUAUUCAAUCAUAUUGGGUGUCAGCUGUAAAAUUUUAGACACUGUGGCACUUGUGAUUUGUAAACCACUAAAGAUCAUUUUGACUUAAAGAUUAAAAUAUAACGUGUUUGUUUAUAUUAAUAAUAAUUAAAAACAGUUGAAGUUAUCCAUAUUUUGUCUUUAAUAAAAUAUAAUAUUAGAAUAUCAACUUUCUUUAAGGAAAAAUUAUUUUUUAACUACUUUUAAAUUACAUUAUUAAUUUUUAAAUUCUGGAACUAUAUUUAUUUUGGUUAAAAACAAAUUAAAUUGUGUUCUAUUUUUGGUUCCAAAUUUUACUAUAACUGUUUAAUGACAGUUAUAAAAUGUCUUAUGUUAAGUUUUUUUUUUUCUUCUGUUAAUUUUCGGAUGGAAGACUGAGGUCCUGCUUUGAUUUUUUUUCUAACGUUGCAACAAUAUAUGAAAUGCUGAAAAAUAGGCAGGUUUACUAAAAAAGUUGGAAGAAACAAGCUAAUCUUGAUAAGAAGGUAUAUAAAUCCUACCAUAUUUUUUGUUUGUUAAACUUAGAACAUUUUAGAAAUUGGAAUUAAUCAGUUUUGGGCUCUACUUUCCAAUAUUUAAUGAAAUCAUGUGAGUCAUUUCCUUUAAAAUAUAAAACAAAAUAUUGUUUUCAGAAUGUAGUCAUGAAUCCUGAUAAAUGUAUUUGUUCUACACUUAUCAAAUAUUGACUUAAAUCUUACUAAAUUUGUGUAAUUAAUUUGUUCCACAAUUUUUAGCUGAUGCUUAAUUCAUGAAUGAGGUUAGCAAAUUAUUUUUAUUAUAUAACAGAAGUGUUAAAUCUUACACUGGAUUUAAUUGAGAAUUUCGACUGACAAUAAGCUAACUGUUCAAGCAUAAAAAUAUCUAUUAUACAUUUACUUUCAUGAUUAUAAAGCUUACGUUUAAAUUUUAAUUAUCAGUGGAUAAUAAAACCUUGUUCAGUUAGGUAUCUGGUUUGACAUUUAUGACCUAAUUAUUGACCUAAAUUUGACAUUUAUGAAAAAGGCUUUGUGUCAAUAAAUUGUCCAACAAAAUGUAUUAUAGGAUGUUAUAGUGUAUUGUGCUGUAUGUUUAUCUAAUCUGUGAAGUAUUUACAUUAUAACAUAUUAUUUAUUCAUUGUUAAUAAUGUAUUAUUUUCUCACUUUAUGAUCAUUAUUUUUGUAAUGUACAAAAUAUUUUAAGUUUGGGUUAUAUUGAAUUACAAUUCUUUCAAUGUUAUAAAGUGUUGAAUGCGAGAGUCUAUGUCUUAAAUAAAUAAAAGUUUAAACAUUCACU